GUGAAGACAUUCAUAUUUCUAAGUCUAACCAUGCUGUACCAAACUUUACUAUUAGCAUCAACAUUAACAGUAUUUCUUAACCUCUUCCUUGUAUACAAAGUAACCGUUUUAGAAGGUGAUAUCAACAAACUCAGAGGAGAUGUUUUAAACCUAAAGCGACAGCCUAAAGAAUCCACUGACGGGAUGAUAACUGGUGUGUCCAGAACAUGGGAGGUAUGUGAUUCAAUUGUAUAUUGGUAUCAGUUACUCCACAGUCUUAUGUUCUAGGGAUAGCUUGCACCAGACUAACCUGUGGAGAACGUACGGAUCAUUCACUCCACUGCCGUUUAAAAGCUCUAAGGAACAUGUUUACUGCAUUGCCUUAUGUUUCUAAGGAUGACAUGUAAAGGGAGAUCCUUUUCUUCGACUUCUCUGUUUUCUGUCAGAGAUCAAAACGAGCAGCUUCUCUGAAGUGGCAGAGACGGACAGAGAAAGACUCUCAGACUCUGGGUUCACAGACAGCAUCCUCUCUGAGAACGAAACGGGAGCAGGGGGGCAGUAGUGGAGGGACAGUUGGUAUGAGUUAGUGUCACUGAGCAUUUUAGAUCUUUUGAGGACGGUUGAUGUUUUUAUGCCACUUCAGUACCUCCGUUUUCUGUCUGUAGCUCAGCAGUCGUUUCUGCAGCUGUCAGCCAACAUAGAAGAACAGCCAUUUGUUAGAGGUAAAGACUUUACUCAUUUGGCUAUGAAUUUUAGUUUCAAUCUUCAUCACAAGCUAAACGUAUUCUAGCGACCUUAACACAACACCUAACAGUCUCGCCAAGGGGUAGGAUCUCUUGUUGUAACAGCUAAUUGUGUUGGGUUGUUGAGUCGCUGGUUCAUGGGGCUUGCUACAGUAUGUUAUUUUUCUUCCCCAGGAAAUGUGACGGUGAUUCCUUGGACAGUUGCUGUGCAUCAAGGGGAGGCCAUCUCCUCCACUGGAGACAGAAUCAUCGUCCAACAAGAUGGCUUCUUCAUAGUGUUUGGCCAGGUAUAUUGUCAGAGAUACCACCCCUUUGUCUUGCAUAUCAAUGUGCAUAAUGGGUUAUGCUGCAAAUGUAAGGGAGAUGGUUCGGUGACCAUGCUAACCUUGCUUGAGGCCCUAGGCUUAGUGGGCUACUCUUCUGGGACACAGGACACCUGCGUUGGAACCAUGACAGUCACACGGUGUAGAACAUUAUGAUGACCACAUGGUUCAUCCUGUUGUUUCCCAGGUGUUGUUCCAGAGCCAAGGCACCAUCCUUGGUCACAUAGUGCGUCGUCGAGGAGCCAAUCAGAGAUCCACAGAGCUGCUCCGCUGUCUACAGGAGAUGCCCCAGACCAACUAUGCCAAUACCUGCUACACUGGAGGUGAACCCAACCCAACACCUGUGGUGUUUCCACUACUAGGAAAUGAAAAUGGGAGAUCAGUUGUAGUGGACAGUAAUAUUGAUCAUGUAUGAUAUUAUAAAUACCUCACACGUGACUCGUAAAAAGACUAAGCAAUUAGCCUAUUAAAAUGUUUAUCUGACUCCAUAAAUAUAAUUAGCAAGUUGUUUGGAUUCAAAAUCUGAAUUGUUGACCAAUAGUAUUACUGUAAAGUUAACCUCCAAUCAGAUGUCAGGCCUACAUGAUGUAACCUCUGAUUCUCAGAGGGGGGUUGGACCAACACAGAGAACGCCGAAUUCCUCAGAAAACACAUAACACGUUCUUACAGUUGAUAUGAAGUGUCGCUUCUAGGGCUGGGCUGCUCUACAGAGUUACUUCCUGUUCACUUCCUCUCUGUGUUCAGCGUCUCUAUGAGGCUUUGUCUGGUUGUCUGUCCUGUCUCAGGCAUCGUGAAGCUGGAGAGAGAAGAUGAGCUGGAGCUGGUGAUCCCAGAUCGACCCCAAGCCCAGGUCUCCAUGGACGCAGACUCCACCUACUUUGGCAUCAUACAGCUGAACUGACUACGAGGAGACGGACGUCACCAGCAGGAUGUGAUGUCAUGUGGACGUCCUCCCCUUACAGGAUGAGCUCUUCUCACUGAGCUAUUGUAAGAACUCCACAUCUGUAGUACACUGAGAUCCACGGACAGUGGAAGAUGGCUGGGAGAAGACGUUUUUAAUCGGAAUAAUGACAAUAUGAAAUAGACCUUGAAUGCUGUUGUGCUGAGCAUGGGUGAUGAUGUCCAAC